AUGUAUCAGAUUCAAGAUAUUUUCAUCACACUACUUGAUACAAUGCUGAUUACUCUAGAAUGCAUUCUACUUGCGUUACAGGCGGUUUCUGCAGUUCGAGUUUCAUUAGAAUCACCAAUUGGAAUUGACAGUCAGUCAAACAACAGGCUAUCAAAACGAUCACCCGUUGAAUUGCGUCAUGAUGCUGAUCAAUGUUUCACAAUUAAAGUCAAUAUUGAUGGAAUCAAUUUGGGUUUACAAGUCGAUUCAUCAUUUUCUGAUAUAGUUGUACCACUUUCUAGUUCAAGCAACGAUGUAGGUUUGACUCCGCAAUACACUCCAAGUGGGCAACCCGUUACUAUAAAUUACAAAGGCAAAGAGUAUAGAGGAAUUAGUUCCGACGCAGCUGUGACGAUUCCGGGUACUGGGAUAACUGACAUUGAUUUACCUGUACUAGCAAUCCAAAAACAAUCGCCAGAUCUAGUUGGCAUUGGUGGAAAACUCAAGCAAGGAGUAUUUGGGUUUGCCUAUUUCUCGUUGUCAAAGCAUCAUCCACCAACCACUGCAAUGGAUAUUUUGUACAAUUAUGGUGUUAUUCCUAAUAACGAGAUUGGCAUUCAACUAUGUCCGUAUGAAAUGACUUCAAAAAGUUUCAUCAAUAUAGGAAAUACGGACGUAGCUGAAAAAUGUGGAACGGAUGGAAGGAGUAUUGCAUGGGUAAAUUCACCGACAAACGAUUAUUUUACUGUCAACAUCAAGAGUGUACUAAUCAAUGACAAACAAGUGGAUCUACCCGAGGAAUUUCAGCAAGUUGUGGAAAAUGGACGUGCUUUGUAUUCAUAUCUACAUACAUGCUUUAUGUAUAUGCGUUUUCCUCAAGCAGUCGUGGAUGUGCUGAUCAAUGAUAUCCUUAAUAGUGGUGCGAUCACUAUCAAGAAUACUAUGAUUAGUAGCAAGCUCGGCAAAAUAAUAAUUAAAAAGAAGCUACAGAACAACCAUCUAAUGACUAAAUCCAAGUAUAAUAUCGAUUGGGUCAAGCUGCCGACAAUUACAAUUACAGUGUUUGCUCAAACUCCUGUAACUGAUGACAACCACGAUUCCGUUGUAACGAUCAAACUGGGUCCCAAAGACUAUUUACGAAGCUAUAAUUCUAAAGAUUACCUGUUUGCUGUACAAGCUGGUCCAAAUGAUAAUGCAGUUCUUGGUACAUCAUUUAUGGCCCGACUUGGAUUGACAUUUGAUCGAACAAAUAAACGCAUUGGAUUUGGUCCUGGAUGUGGAUGCGAAGUCUCGACUGAUGGAUAUCCUAUUAUUUCAAACGGUUAUCGAGUGAUCUGGUCACCAUCACAAUUUCCUGAACAACCAAGUACUUCAAUUCCAGAUGGCAGAUCUACUCUCAGGAGAUCGUUUUCGCGACUUGGUAGUAUUCGUCGUGGUAGUAAGCAUUCAAAGCCUAAUUAUGAGAAAUUUGAUGGAUAA